AUGGUGUUCGUCGACAUGGACGGGCAGCUAAGUCGUCCGCCUAUUCCCUUUCCCCUUUCCAUCCCCUCCUCCACUGCAGCUGCCCUGCUGCCCCCUCCUCGGCGAGGCGCCUCACGAGCACCGCGAGGUCAGCGCGGGAGCCGCGCCCGCACGAGCGCCGCGAGGGAGGUGGCCAAUACGGCGAGGCGCCGCGCCCGCACGAGCGCCGUGAGAUCAAAGUGCAGCAGCAGCCAAUACGGCGAGGCGCAGCGACUGCACGGGCUCCGCGAGGUCCAGGGGCGGAAGCAGCCAAUACGGCGAGCGGUGCCUGUCCGGCGACCAUACGGCCUCCGCGGCGUGCUCGACCUUGCUCCUACGCCUCCUACCCGGGCUGGACCUCCCCCCGGGCGUCGUCCCCACCCGCAUCACCAAGCUCCCCAACGGCGUCCGCGACUCGGCGUCGCCUCCGAGGAUUUCCAGGGAGCAGCACAGGGAUGGCGAUUUUGGCAGCUCUGCUCUGAUGAUGCCGUCAGAGCACAGCUUGCUCGUUUUCAGCAUGAGGAAGAAGAUGAUUUGACAGGGAGCAGCACAACUUGCUUGUUUUGUUUCUCUGUAGCAAGUUAUUCUAUAAAUACUGAACACUAUGCAAGGAAAUCAGCAGCUGCCAUUGUUCAAGAAUCAAAUUAUUGUAUGAAUUCUGAACAUUUGCAAAGAAACUGUUGCUCCUUUGGAUCGAUGCCGGAGGCGGGACUGACUGACUCACCGCUGUUUCUUCAUCUGCAACACGUUCAGAUUAACACCGAGGCUCCCUGCCGUUCACAGCGUCUUGCCAAGUACAAUACUACAACCAGCUUCUGA